ACUAGUCCCCGCCAAAAUCCCCAAACCCAACUCGUGCAAUCUCUCUCUCUGUCUCUCUUCGUCCCAAAAAAAUCUCUCAGAGGCAAAACCAUGAGCCGCCGAGCAGCCGGACCAGGAUCAGAAUCCGGGCGAAUGAAGAAUCCACCAAAACCGAUGAAACUCCGAGACAAAACCAUGAGCCGCCGAGUAGCCGGACCAGGAUCAGAAUCCGGAAGCCCCAAAUUCGUUCGCCUCUCUCGCUCUCUCUCAAUCAAAACCAUGGAGGACCGCCUACUCGAAGUCACCAGGUCCAAUUUCAAGUCCCUCGCCGAACCGAAGAAACUCCGAGAUAUGAAGAAAAUGGCCGUUAAAGACUCUCCAACUCAACUCAAAAAUGAAAAUGUUGUUCGAGAGGGUAUGGCUCAACUCCAACUUAACGAGGAGAAUACUACUACUCCAAAACCAGAAGAGAGGAAAAUGCACAGCGCAGUCGUAUUUACUAGACCUUUCAAAUUCACAAUCCCUUGUAAAGUUUGCGGAGUGGUUGGCCACUUGAAUGAUAGUUGCCCCUACAUGACACGUGUUCCAAACAAUGUAACUGAGGUUGGCAAGGGCUAUGAAAUAGUUACCUUCCGUGGUGAGAGGCAUGCUGUUAGGAUGGUCCUCUCACCUCCUGAUCUUGCUGAUGCUCAGGAUUGGGAUGCUGCUGCUCUGUUCCUUAGCUUUGCCUGCCUAAUUGAUAUCGCUGUUUCAUCGCUCUGUUCUGUUGGCCUUUGCUUUGCUGGUAACCAAGGAGAGAUUGGUUUGAAGUUGGAAGGUGUGGCGUCUGGCUCCACCCAUGGGUCAGUCGUCAAUCUGGUGGUUAUUCAAAGUGAUCCUUCGGCCACUCGAGAUAGUAUGGGGCGUGUUCUUUUAACCUCUGAUAUGGAACAUUAUACAGGAUGA